AUGGCGGACAGAUUCCGGCGCCCAGAUCCUCUCAUCUUUGACGGCAACGUCGCUGAAAACUGGCGUAAGUUCGAGCGCGAAUAUGACAUCUUUAUCGCCGCUGCCCACAGUGACAAAAAUGCUAAGACUAAGGCCUAUAUACUCCUCAAUCUGGUGGGGCCAGAGGCCAUCGAAAGAGAGCGAUCAUUCACGUAUGCCCCCGCAGUCAUAUCAGCUGAAGGCGUAGUAGAAGUCGCCGCGGAAUCGAGGGAAGACCCCGCAUGUCUAAAGAGAAAGUUCAGGGAGAUCUGCAACCCAGAGAUCAAUGUCAUAAUGGAGAGGCAUAACUUUAACAAAAGACAACAGAAACCCGGUGAAACCAUUGAAGCAUAUGUGAGCACGUUAAAGAACAUGGCCAGAACUUGCAGUUUUGGUGCACUACAAGACGAGUUAAUCAGAGACAGAUUAGUAUGUGGUAUAACCAGUGACAGCGUCAGACGUUCCCUGCUUAAAGAGACGGAACUAACUCUUGCCAAGGCGGUGCGUAUAUGCCAAAUAAGCGAGCUCACAGAUCAACAUAGUAAAGCCCUCUCUACACCAAAGCAUAUUACAUCUGCUAGUGUGGACACUGUACAGAUUAAACAUGGCAAGUUCAAAAGGAAAACAAAUAAACCUCUAACGAACAUUCAAAAUUGCAGAAACUGUGGUGGUUCGCAUCCAGCCACACGGGAGCAAUGUCCUGCUUUCGGACAACAGUGUCACGUCUGCAAAAAAUACAAUCAUUACAAAAAACAAUGCAGAUCAGCAAAACCACGUCACAGAGGCAAACAAGUGAACCAAAUUUCAGAGGAUGCUGAUCCAGACAGUGAUGAGACAUUUUGCAUUGAACACCUAACAACGGAGGGCGAGAACAAUCACAACAAAGAAGGAUACUGCACAGUCAAAGUUUUUGAAAAGGCCCUCAAACUAAAAGUAGACACUGGGGCAAAGUGCAACAUAAUCUCACUAGGCACUUACAGAAACAUCUGCAACAACGAAACCCUACCCAAGUCACAAAAACAGGUAAAUCUCGUUGCUUUCGGAGGCAGGAAGAUCAAGUCCACAGGCACAGUUACUCUCAAGUGCAAGCUAGCUGGACAGUUAUAUGACCUGCAAUUCCAAGUUGUAAAACACGAUGUGCAACCCAUCAUCGGAUUAAAGGACAGUGUGCGAAUGAAACUGGUUAGUUUCAGCAAGGAAGUCUACCAUGUUGACACAGAUCAGGAUGAGACACUGGCGCAGAAAGUGUUUCACGAAUAUGCAGACCUGUUUAAAGAUGAAGUCGGUGACUUACCUGUAACCUACUCAAUGAAACUCACUCUAAACGUGUCACCUGUCGUCAACCCUCCACGGCGCGUUCCUGUUCCUAUGCAGAAAAGAGUUGAAGAGGAACUCCAAAGAAUGCAGGCCUUGGGAGUAAUUGAACCAGUGGAGGAGCCCACAGAAUGGGUAUCCAACAUGGUCGCAACACACAAAAAGAAUACUGAUGAUGUUCGUAUCUGCAUUGAUCCAAGGGAUCUGAACAAGGCACUAAUGCGACCUCACCAUCCCAUGCGAACUGUGGAGGAAGUAGCUGCUCAGAUGUCUGGAGCAACCAUCUUCUCAGUUCUGGAUGCAAAGAGCUCUUUCUGGCAAAUCAAACUGGAUCCUGCCUCAUCUCUCCUCACUACAUUUGCAACACCCUUCGGCAGAUUCAAAUUCCUGAGGAUGCCCUUUGGCAUCAACACCGCUUCUGAAGUCUUCCAGAGAGCCAUGGAACAGAUAUUCAUGGGAUAUCCAUGCGCAGUGAUUGUGGACGACAUCCUAGUGGGAGGCAAAGGAAUAGAGGAGCAUGACAAAAAUUUGAAAAAAGUUCUGGAGUGGGUCAGACAAGUAAACCUCAAACUGAAUCCAAAAAAGUGCAAGUUCAGACUUAAAGAAGUGAGCUACGUGGGACACAUAUUCACUGACGAAGGACUAAAAGCAGAUCCAACUAAAAUCUCCACUAUCAAUGAAAUGCCACCACCAGAGGACAAGACGUCUCUCCAACGUUUCCUGGGAAUGAUCAAUUACCUGGGCAAGUUCAUCCUGAAUUUAAGUGAACUGUCAGCACCACUUCGUCAGUUGCUUCACAAGGAUGUGGUGUGGAGCUGGACUCAACAUCAGCAGGAUGCUUUCAACAAACUUAAAGCGUGCCUCACCAGCCCACCAGUACUACAGUACUAUGACAUGCACAAGCCAGUGACUCUCACAUGUGACGCUUCCCAGCAUGGUCUAGGGGCUGCAUGCCUUCAGGACGACAAACCUGUGGCGUAUGCAUCAAGAACUUUAACUCCAAUGGAAAGAAGGUACGCUCAGAUAGAGAAGGAGUUACUAGCUGUAGUGUUCGCAUGUUACAGAUUUUACGACUACAUCUACGGAAAGCCAGUGGUGAUUGAAACUGACCACCAGCCUUUGGUCACAAUCCAAAACAAACCUUUCCACACAGUUCCGGCACGGCUACAGCGCAUGAUGCUACCAUUACAAAAGUUCAACCUGACUCUGGUGUACAAGAAAGGCAAACACCUUUACAUUGCAGACACACUCUCUCGCACACCAACGCUGGAUGAGCAACCUCUAAAGGAAGAGGGGCGCGACUUCGAGGUAAUGUCACUUCAGCUCAUCUCACCAAGACGCCUACAAGAGCUUGCCGAACACACCUCGAAGGACGCUACUCUACACACACUUGCUUGUUACGUCCAGCAGGGGUGGCCAAAACAAGUGAGUAGUGUACCUAUAGAAAUCAAACCAUUCUUCAGCUACCACGAUGAACUAAUCAUCGACAACAACGUCAUUAUGAAAGGCAACAGAGCCAUCGUUCCAGCAUCACUACAUGAAACCUAUCUACAGGAACUACACAAGGGACAUCCAGAGCUGUCAGAUGUUGAACCCAAUGUUUUCCUGAGGCCUUUCCUAGAAGUUGUGCGCUCCGAGGACACCACCGGACCGAUCACAGGCCUUGCUCUUACCUCUGUCAACAAGUUCCUGUCUCAUGGCCUUAUAGAUGCUAACCACGAGGCAGCAGCGGAGGCCAUCGAGAACAUGGCAGACGCCGUUACGCACGCUAGAUUUGUAGGAACAGACCCGGCCAGUGAUGAAGUUGUCCUUAUGAAAAUUCUACAGGUCCUGAGGACUUUGUUGCUGACACCAGUGGGAGCCCACCUGACCAACGAGUCUGUUUGUGAGAUCAUGCAGUCCUGCUUCAGGAUCUGCUUUGAGAUGCGUCUAAGUGAGCUCCUCAGGAAGACAGCUGAACAUACACUGGUUGACAUGGUGCAGCUAUUAUUCUCCAGACUCCCCCAGUUCAAAGAGGAGGCCAAGAGUUAUGUUGGUGCUAACAUGAAGAAGGCUUACAAUAUCUUGUGGAAAAACAAACGUGUGCAGCUGAAGAUGCGUGCCGGUGGCAUGAGCGAGUCAUCGAAGUGGAAGAAACAGAAACGUUCCCCACGACCUCCUCGGCACAUGGUCCGUAGUUCCUCCGGUCAGAUGGAACCAAGCCAGCCCAGCACGCUCAACAACAACCUCUCAGGUGGUGUCCCAUUCAUGGAGGAGGGCUUGUCCAAUCCCAGCCUUCCCGUCUCAGACAGCUCUGCCUCAUCUAUCUGUAGCCCAACAGCCACUGACAGCGGCCUGGGCACCUGCUCAAAAACUACUUCCAGGGAAGACCUUUCUGACCUGGAUCAGUGCAGCUCUGCAUCAACCGCUGGUGCAGCCAUUGCACUCACAGGGACUGAGUCUGGCUCUACAGAUGCACAGUUUGAGGGCCAGCAGGCUGAACCAGCCCCGUCAGCCUCAGUGGAGUCCAUCCCUGAGGUUCUGGAGGACAAAGACUCCAUUACAGAGCAGUCAGACAGUGCCUCUGUCCAUGAUAUGGAUUACGUCAACCCCAGAGGCGUCCGCUUCACACAGUCCACGCAAAGAGAUGGAGCAUCCCUCAUCCCGUAUGGCCUGCCGUGUCUCAGAGAGCUGUUUCGUUUCCUGAUUUCACUGACCAACCCUCAUGACCGCCACAACACUGAUGCCAUGAUGCACAUGGGCCUGCAGCUGCUGACUGUGGCCCUUGAAUCAGCACACAUCCCUAACUACCAGUCCUUAUUAGUGCUGGUCAAAGACGAGCUCUGUAGACACCUGUUCCAGCUGCUGAGUGUGGACCGUAUGAACCUCUAUGCUUCAUCCAUACGAGUUUGCUUCUUGCUCUUUGAAAGCAUGAGAGCACACCUGAAGUUUCAGCUAGAGAUGUACCUGAAGAAACUCAUAGACAUCAUCACUUCAGAGAACAUUAAGAUGCCCUACGAGAUGAAGGAGGUAGCUCUGGAGGCACUGGUCCAGUUAUGGAGGAUCCCCAGUUUUGUCACUGAGCUCUACAUUAACUAUGACUGUGACUUUUACUGCUCCAACCUCUUUGAAGACCUCACCAAGCUGUUGUCUAAGAACGCGUUUCCAGUGUCGGGGCAGCUGUACACCACCCACCUCCUGUCACUGGAGGCCCUGCUCACAGUGAUCGACAGCAUCGAAGCUCACUGCCAGGCCAGGGUGCUAAACAGCAUAGCUCAGCAAAACCAAGCAGAGACUGUGCUGGCAGACGGAGAGGGUGCAGCCAAAGCUGAGACGGACUCUGCAGCCGACGUUAGUAGACUUGGCAGUACCAAUGGUUUGAGUCCUUCACAGCCUGAAAAGGCACCAGUGUAUCCUCCAACCAGUGGACAUCUAAUGGCCGAGAAGAUGAGACUGGGCAGACAGGAUCAGGGAGACAGCGAUCCUUCUGAGAAGAGAAGUCUGAAAAAGCCUCAGCGUUUCUUGUCCUGUUUACCUGAUUCACACGAGUUAAUGGAAAUUAGAACAAAGAAAAAGCUGCUGAUCACAGGCACGGAGCAGUUUAACCAGAAGCCCAAGAAAGGCAUCCAGUUCCUGCAGGAAAAAGGUCUCCUUAGCAGCCCCAUAGACAACAACCAGGUGGCCCAGUGGCUCAGAGAAAACCCCCGACUGGACAAGAAAAUGAUUGGCGAGUACAUCAGCGAUCGGAAGAACACGGAACUCCUGGACAGCUUCGUGAACACAUUUACCUUCCAGGGGCUUCGUAUUGAUGAGGCCCUGCGGCUCUACCUGGAGGCCUUCAGAUUACCUGGAGAGGCUCCUGUCAUUCAGAGACUCCUGGAAACGUUCACAGACAACUGGCAUAAAGUCAACGGCUUUCCUUUCAUGAGCAACGAUGCUGGCUUCGCCCUGGCCUACGCUGUCAUCAUGUUGAACACUGACCAGCAUAACCACAAUGUCCGCAAGCAGAACAUCCCCAUGACCGUAGAGCAAUUCAAGAAAAAUCUAAAGGGAGUCAACGGAAACAAAGACUUUGACCAGGACAUGUUGGAGGAUAUCUACAAUGCUAUCAAAAACGAGGAGAUUGUGAUGCCGGACGAGCAGACAGGCUUAGUGAAGGAGAAUUAUGUGUGGAGCGUCUUACUGCACCGCGGCGCCUCAUCCGAAGGCAUCUUUCUCCACCUGCCGCCCGGCAGCUACGACAAUGACUUGUUCACUAUGACUUGGGGUCCCACUAUUGCUGCACUCUCCUAUGUCUUUGACAAGAGCCUCGAUGACGUCAUCAUCCAGAAGGCCAUCACUGGCUUCAGGAAAUGUGCGAUGAUUGCAGCUCACUACGGCUUCAAUGAUGUGUUUGACAAUUUGAUCAUCUCCCUCUGCAAGUUCACCACUCUGAGCAGCGAGUCUGUGGAGAAUCUUCCCACCGUGUUUGGCAGUAACAGUAAGGCCCAGACAGCCGCCAAGACGGUGUUCGACCUCGCUCAUCGGCAUGGCAACAUCCUGAGGGAGGGCUGGAAGAACAUCGUGGACUCCCUGCUACAGCUGUUCAGAGCUGAACUGCUGCCCAAAGCCAUGGUUGAGGUGGAAGACUUUGUAGAGCCCAAUGGGAAGAUUUCUCUUCAGAGAGAGGAAACCCCUUCAAAUCGUGGCGAGUCAGCAGUGCUAAGUGUUUUCAACUGGCUGACCCUUAGUGGAGCCGAGCAGUCGGGACUCAGAGGACCUUCCACAGAAAACCAGGAAGCCAAACAGGCUGCCAUCCACUGCAUCAAGCAAUGUGACCCUGAAAAGCUGAUCACCGAGAGCAAGUUCCUGAAGCUGGAGUCUCUACAAGAGCUCAUGAAGGCUCUGAUAUCAGUCACCCCAGAUGAAGAGACCUAUGAUGAAGAGGAUGCUGCCUUCUGCCUGGAGAUGCUGCUGCGCAUUGUUCUUGAGAACCGAGACCGUGUGUCCUGUGUGUGGCAGACGGUGCGCGACCACCUUUGCCAGCUCUGUGUUCAUGCUAAUGAGAGCUGCUUCCUGGUGGAACGAGCUGUGGUGGGACUUCUUCGACUCGCGAUUCGCCUGCUACGACGAGAAGACAUUAGCUCACAGGUUCUUCUCUCCCUCCGCCUCUUGCUGAUGAUGAAGCCUCAUGUCCUCUCCCGGGUCAGCAGGGAGGUGGCUUAUGGCCUUCAUGAGCUGCUGAAGACUAAUGCAGCCAAUAUCCACUGUACAGAUGACUGGUACACGCUCUUUUCACUGCUGGAGUGCAUCGGAGCUGGAGUGAAACCUCCUGUCGCGUUCCAGCUUACCUCGGCCACAGCUGACAAUGACACAGGUGCCCAGUCAGACAGUGAGCUGUCGUCUCAUCAUCCUAGUGAAGUGAGUUUAGACCGAGGCUACACAUCGGACUCAGAGGUCUACACUGAGCACAGCAAGACCAGGAUCCCACGCUCGGCCACUGAUGUGGAUGUAGCAAGCAGUGGAUGGCUCGUGGUUGGGAAAGAUGACUUUGAGAUAAGUAAGACCCCCAUACCAGGGUCAAAGGCUCAGCUGAAUCACCCACUGGUCAACCAGUACAGUCUGACACUGGGUCAGGACCUUGGCCAGCACGACACAAAGUCUCUCAUCAAGUGUGUGGAAACGCUCUCUUUCAUCGUUCGAGAUGCUGCCCACGUCACGCCUGACAACUUUGAACUGUGUGUCAGAGCGAUACGGGUGUUUGUGGAGGCCAGCCUCAAUGGAGGUUACCGCAACCACGACAAGAAGAAGAGCCACAAAUAUGACACCUCCAAGUCUCGGAUGAGGAAAAAGGCAGGCGGCAGGGAAAAGGACAGCGCAGGCAGCGUGAGGCGAAGCAGCAGCAGGACCUUCAGCCAGCGCCCAUCACGUUCCUACAGUGAUGAUGAGGAGGAUGAGGGUGUCCCAGCCAGUUACCACACGGUGUCAUUACAGCUCUUAGAUCUGAUGCACACCUUGCACACCCGGGCUGCCAGCAUCUACAACUCCUGGGCAGAGGAGCAGUGCCAUCUGGAGGCUUCCAGCAGGAAGAUUGAGGCUGAUUCUCAGACUUUGUGGACCAGCUGCUGGUGCCCCCUGCUGCAAGGGAUUGCUUGGUUGUGCUGUGAUGCCAGGCGACCGGUUCGCAUGCAGGCCCUCACCUACCUCCAGAGGGCGCUGCUUGUUCAUGAUUUGCAGACACUUGAUGCAAUUGAAUGGGAGUCCUGUUUCAACAAGGUGCUUUUCCCCCUGCUGACUAAGCUGCUUGACAACAUUAGCCCAGCAGAUGUCGGUGGUAUGGAGGAGACCAGAAUGAGAGCGUGCACGCUGUUGUCAAAGGUUUUCCUACAGCACCUCUCUCCUCUCUUGUCCCUGCCUACCUUUGCUGCCCUCUGGCUCACUAUUUUGGACUUCAUGGAUAAGUACAUGCAUGCUGGAUCAAGUGACUUGUUGUUGGAAGCCAUCCCCGAGUCUUUGAAGAACAUGCUGCUGGUUAUGGACACAGCAGGCAUCUUCCACAGUGCUGACUCUAGGACAGGAUACUCGGACCUGUGGGAAAUAACUUGGGAAAGAAUUGUCUGUUUCCUGCCUUUAUUGAGGGAGGAGCUCUUCAAACAGACUAUCAUACCAGAUGCAGUACCCAAUCCUCAAGCAGAGUCGGUGCAGCUGACAACCCCAGCAGGCCGGCCUCCAUCGCCUCAGGUGUCUCCACCUCCCAUGCAAACGCCCGCCCUAGCCCCAGUAAACUCUACAGUGGCUCAAAGCUCCAGCAGGCCGGCCUCACCACUGGAGCCUCCACCAGCCAGUGCCAACGGAUCAGGCCGAUCAUCUCCAGCCCCCCCCCGAUUCCUCCCAUGCCAGUGCCAUUAACAACCUCUCCUGUCCAGGGUCCUUCACCUUUAGGCCAGUCCCCCCUCAUUCUGCAGCCCCUUGCUUCUCCUCUGCAGGUGGGAGUCCCACCCAUGUCCCUGCCAAUCAUUCUUAAUCCCGCCCUCAUAGAGGCCACAUCCCCUGUACCACUGCUUCCUGCUCCCAGAUCGACAACUCCUUCCGACGAGGUCCAGUAAAGUCCAGCUGCCCCCCAGCCGUGCUGUUCUCUCCUUAACAACUGGAAGAGCUACAGCUUAAGAUGUAUGGGACAUGGUGAAUUGGAGGAGUAGUACCACAUUUAAAGGAGAAAUCCUCCAGAAUGGAAACCUGGUGACACCAAUAAAAAUUCAGCACUGAUGUUAUUGUAGGAAAAACCCAACAGGUUAAGGUUUGGUGGAGAAACCGCACGCAGUCUUUGAGGAGAGGUUAGUGCGACACACUGAGAGCAAUUUACUGAUUCCACAAUUUUCAGCAGCUUUCACCGUGCGUAUAUUUUAAGUCAGGCAGUAAUUUUAAACCCACAGAUGGAACUUAUCCCCAUUGAUAUAUAUUUUUGUUUUUUACUGUUGUAAGUCUGUAAACAGAUCAACAACACAACGUGUUAGUUGUUCUCUUUGAACUCGGUGGGUGAUGGGUUCAGAAAGCUGACUUUGAUUACUAUUUAUUUUUUUAAAUAAAUAGUACAGAUGUGUUAAGGACUGUUUCUAAGAGUUUUGUAGUGCCAAUGAUGAUCGUCUGUUUGGGAUUGAGUCGUGAUACACACAGUGACUGUUCAGGGGUCGGACUGUGCUUCACUGCUUUAACAGUUUUUACAUAAGAAUGGAGCCGUACGGUACAGACGAAAAACAGACUGCACAUCCUGUAUAUUUGAUACACACACUGCUUAUUCAGUACCAGACUGUGUGUCGUUUGGCUCUGGAUAUCAGCAAACAUUGGCUCAGAGCUCCGUCUUGUAAAUACCUUCUCCAAAGUGUUUUCAUGGCCCCUUUAUUCACCACCUCAUGCUAACGUCCUCAGGAUUAGCUUCAUGUUGGGAGUGAUGAAAACAUUUCAUCUAGACUGAGCACUGUUACGUUUUUACAGCAGAAACACCUGCAGGAGUCCUCUCUUUGCCCCCAGGCUGACCUCAUAGCUUUGCUCAUAUAUGCCUGUGCUUCACAUCAACCUAAAGAUAAGAAGGACAGUGAGUUGUUAGGAUUAUACAAUCUGCAUGUUUUAAGAAGAUUCCCAGAGCCUUGGCUACAGUUGCAGAAGGCAUGGCAACAUAGUCACAUCAGCAUAUGUAAAAUGGCCAAGUUCCAUUCAUCGUUUUGCCCCAAGCUUGCACCUUAUAACCUUCAACAAGCAGCCAGAUGGAGGCGUAAACGUUCCCAAGUGUCAGUCUGUAGUGAGCACGCUCCACACAGUAACUGCUCUGGUACAUGAUGGCAGAUGCAUGAGGAAUAGUCUGAGAAGAGCUCGCCACGCUGUCACGUCACCUUCUCCUGACUUGCAUCUUUGAUUUGACAGACUUGUACAAAACAUCUAAAGUUUGCAGCAUCGUACCAAAGAGGAAUCACACAUGUAGACCGGUGGUUUUCUUGUUGUUCUCCUUUAUUUAUCCAGGUAAAAGGCUCACUGAGAUUACAAUCUCUUUUCUAGAGAGAGGUUGCCAACAGAAGUUAGAACAUUUCCACAACACGUCCUCGGUUUGAGUCAGCUGCUCCUCUUUGCUUCCAUACAUGUGCUGACUCAUUGGUUAAAUGACCAUCUGAUGUCAAACUGACUGGAAACAUUUGCAGCAGUCCUGGGCUUCUCUCACUGAUGUUUUGUGUUAUUUAUUGAAAAUAGACGGGACUGCUGCUGUACGAUGGCAUAGAUGCAGUGUGUGUGUGUCAGUCAGGUAACACUACGGCCUUAUAGAGCCACCAACACGUAAGCGGAGUGUUUAUUUGUUGGAUGGCAUCGUAGAUUUAUCAGAAGCUGAUUGUGACUUGAACAGGAAAUUACGUGAAUAUAAUGUCUAAUGUAUAUAAAUGAAAGGUAAUGUACUUUUUACUAUGUAAUAAAUAUGUUGUAAGAAAGUG